AUGGCGUCCUCAGAGGUUGACACAAAGUUCCUAGGACAAUUCGCAAAGAAUAUACAACUUGAUCAUCCACUCCUCGCGCAAAACCUCUUUCAGAUUUUGGGAAAUCUCACAAUGCUUUCAAAAAUGGUUGUGAAAGCGCGAAAGCUCAGGCGUCUUGAUACGACCCGUGAUACCAAAUCUGUCGAGCUGUAUACGAGAAUUGUGUGGUAUGCGAAAGAAGGAUUAAAAAUUCUAGAGCAAUUCGUUUUACCUCUAGUGGCAGGUUUUGGAGAGUUAAAGGUCUUGAUUUAUAAGUUGAGAGCUAGCUAUUAUCAUCUUUACGUUCUCUUCCACAACACUCCUGCUAUUACCCUUCGAACUUCAAAAAUAUCUACACCACCUGGUUUGGCCUCUCCACGUCAUAGAGAUAAAGGCAGAGGUGUCGAUACAAUCCUAAUAUCCGAUUCGCACCGUCCAUCUAGCGUCCAACCGACACAUCCACUCGAAGGUGGACCCGUAGGAGGACCUCCCGGUCUCGCCAUCCCUCCACCCGAUGUCGUAGGUAGUUUCCUCAUUCCCGCCCUCGAUUAUCGACCUUUCGCAACUCAAUGUUUUGAAGAGGCCUCCGCACUCGCCGACCGUCAACUUUGGGGAUCUCACCCCCUUCGUCUCUCGGUAAAAGUCGAAUACACAGCUUUUAUAUAUGAUUGUUUAGAUCAAGCCCAUCGAUCGCGAGAAUUGGCCAAGAAAACUAUUGGCGAGGUCUAUAAUGCGGAUGAGGGGAUGGACGAUGAUAUGUUUGAGGAUGCUGCGGAGCUAGUGAGUAUUUUGGGGAAGAUGGUGAAGAGGGGGUUGGGAGCGGGGACUGCGAGUGGGGGGGCUAGUACGGUGGGUGCGAGCUCGGAUGGAAAGUCAAAGGGGAGGAGUCCGGAGAUGGAGACUACGCCGAGGUUGGUGGGGGGUGCGUUACCACCUAUGCAUAAUCCUAUUUGA